CCCUAUUUCUUGUCUUCCAACGGCUGUACGUUUCAAGACAUCAUCUUGGAGGCCCGUUAUGGCUCCCAGCACCGCAAACAGAGGAGAAGCCGCACAGCUUUCACAGCCCAACAACUGGAGGCCUUGGAGAAAACUUUCCAGAAAACUCACUAUCCAGACGUGGUGAUGCGGGAGAGAUUGGCAAUGUGCACUAAUCUGCCAGAGGCUAGAGUACAGGUUUGGUUUAAAAACAGAAGAGCUAAAUUUCGAAAGAAGCAGCGCAGCUUGCAGAAAGAACAGCUACAGAAGCAGAAAGACUCAGAGGCCAAUCACAGUGAAGGCAAAGCAGACACUCCCGUGUUAGAAACACCAACUCCAACUCCCGAUGCAGACAAAUCUCUGAGCUUGCCAAGGGAGGUAAAUGCAGAGCUCAGCCUGACACUCUCCGAGCAUUCAGCCAGCGAGUCAGCAGCCGAGGACCAGACAGACAAAGAGGAAGAAUUCAAGAUCUUCCUUGAGGAGAACAAGGAAGAAAAAAGUCCUGGAGAGGAAAACAAGGUGCUGAAUAGUAAGAGGGCAAGUCCUAAAGCAGAAUCCCCUGUCGGCACUGCUGCCACUGCAUCCUCCAGCAGUGGCAUGUCUCAGGCGCAUUCCUAUUCGUCUUCUCCUCUCAGCCUCUUCCGCCUUCAAGAGCAGUUCCGCCAACACAUGGCAGCUACCAAUAACUUGGUCCAUUAUUCAUCCUUUGAAAUGGGAAACCCUUCUUCCAUGCCGUAUUUGGGCAUGAAUGUCAACAUGGCACCCCUAAGCUCGCUGCAUUGCCAGUCUUAUUACCAGUCCCUCUCUCACGCCCAGCAAGUGUGGUCCUCUCCAAUUCUCCAGGCAUCUUCCUCUCUUCCCAGCCUGAACAGUAAAACAACCAGCAUUGAGAAUCUCCGGCUGCGAGCAAAGCAACACGCUGCCUCUCUGGGACUGGAUACUUUACCAAACUGAGGGCCUAGCUGAACUCCAGCAAAAGCCUGAUAAACAGAUGGCUUCAAGGAAAUGCCCAACCCUCUGCCACUGGAGAGAAGGAUUUCUGAUAUAGAGCCUACUACUUUCAAUUUUGUUCCCAUUAAGGUGCUCCCAUUUGUGGGAAAGGGUUGUCAGAAGUCAUGUGGAGACCACAUCUGGCAUUACCUCUUUGCACUGGCCAAUUUAAAAAAAUAGCCUACAGAAAGGUGUUAUAAAAUGUGAAAUUGUCUUCAGAACUGUGAGUCAAAUAUGAAUUAUUUGGGAACAUUUUAUUAGUCUAUGUGUUGAGAGCUUUGCUUUUAUUUGGGGCGGGAGCAGAACUGGGAAGAGGAAGUCCCACUUCAAACUGUAUAUAGUCUAUAUGUUCUUUCACUUGUGUGUUAAUAUCAGUGUUGCCUUACGCAGAAUUGUGGAACAUCCCUCCUUUCAUUUUCUUUUGCCUUUUAUACUUAUUCAGUAGAUGGAAUCAAUACUGUCAUUACAACAACAACAACAACAACAAUAACAACAAAACAGAGGAAAAAAGAGCAAAUCCUUUAUCAGCUGGUUUUACACUAUCAAUAUUUCUAAUGCAGUUGAAUAAAAAUAGUUCUGAAACUCCAGUUGCCACUUUUUGCUGUAUGUUAUGAACACCAGGAUAUAAUUAAGCAUUGAUUCCUGGUUAAGCACUUCCACUCGGACAGGUUCAGAUUUUUCUUUGAAGCACUUCCUCAGAUAAAAUGGCUGAAAGCCCUACUAAUUUUUCUGUACAAUUUCCAAAGACCUAUGUUCUUUCUCUCUUCUGCUAAGAUACAUCAUUUUCUAUUUGUAUGUUUGUGCAACUUUGAAACUGAAAAACAGAUGUGCAAUGGUGUGCUUUAUCUGCCAGGUCUUUUCUAUAUUAGUUGCAUGCAAAGUCAAGGCAAGAAAUGUUGGCACCCUUCCACUGGGCAGUGCAUGGCACCUUCCUCCUGCCACCCAGGCAAAGUGCCCUGUGUUGUGUCUAAUAAAUUUGCUUGGUGUUGGAGACUGUAAAUCCCAAAGGCCCUUUUCAUGCUCCCUGUAAUAAUAGUAAUAAAUUUCAUCACCAAUUAUCAUCUGACAUUUUAUAUCGUCUCAGUCUGGUUAAUGGUGGAGCUAGUCAUUAUAGCUGUGCUCUAAUUCAUGCAAUGAUACUCCAAAUGUGUCCUCACACCAAGAAGAUUGCCUGCAAUAUCAUAGUGCUUUGUAUCCAAUUAUGGGGUGGUACAUCAACAUCCGAAAUGCUCUUAAGAAAACGUUAGAAACCUCUGUUCUACAUAUGAUGCUUUUUCAUACUGAGUCUCACAAUUUAAAUAAGUUGUAACUGGUCUAAGUCCUCCUGACUUUGAUGACUCUAAAUGAUUUGGGGGCAAUUCAAAUCCAAACAAUGAAUUUCUUUAGAUUGGGUCAACCAAAGUACUUUUUGUAAGACAAUAAUUAGAUAAGACAAUAAGUAGAUUAUGAUGUUCACCCUAACUAACACCAAACAUAUCAAACAGAAAAACACUUAUUACUUUCAAUUUGGAAGACAGUGGUUAACGUUCAUUUUUAUGUUUUAAAAUAUCUACCUGAUAUUUACAAGCAAGGCCAUGGAUUCAUUCUGCUUAAAAGAAUAUUUCUUAAAUGUCUACAAAGUAGUUCUCUACAGGUUGUUAGAUUUCAGUUUAAUCCUUUCUGGCUAUGAAUUAUAAAAGUUACUGUAGCUCAAUAUUCCUGCAUUGCAACCAGGUUGAGGAAGGCAGAGAUUAAAUAGUACAAAAUGAACAUAGGACACUGAGAGUUUAAAAAGUGGGGAAAGUCAAAGUAAUAUUAAGAGGUUAUAAGAAAGAUGCUACAAUGAAAUUAUAUUUCAUAUAAAUUACUUUCCUGUUAGAAGACAUACUGCAAAUACAUGGAAAAAACAUAUUCCAGAUUUUUUCCCAGUUUGGUUUGUAAUGCCAAUGGCUAAAUAGAAGAUAAAACUUACAAUGAAAGAUUGUCAUUUUAAAAUAUUGCCUAAAGUCUGUAGGUAGCAAAUUUAUUUUAGAACUUUUAUUUUCUAUAAAGGAAACUCUUUCCUAUGAUUUCUUUCUCCUAAGGGUUGCAAAGCUUCUUCUGGUAAAUUUAGACUUGCUCAAUCCAGAUUUAAUUUUGAAGUUCGCAAGCAUACCUCUAUUGUUGAGUACAAAACUUUCAUUAUUGUCAUAAAAUUUUUGUACGCUACACACACACACACACACACACAUUUUUUCAUUCAGGAACAUAAUGCAUACAGACAUAUCCAAUGUUUUUACAUCUUUUAAUUACUGAAGUAUUUAAUUAUCCUCUUAUAUCAAGAGCUUUGUAAUUAAACUGAGCAAAAAUUAUGUUGCUCUGAAAGCUUUCAUUCAAUAAAAAUGUUCAGUUAACACAGAACAUGCCACACUCAAAAUUACUUUAGCAUUUCUCAGAUUCAGUGCAGUAAAAUUUUCAUUUUGAUAGAGAAAAAUAAAUAGUAAAAAGAAAAAUUAAUGAAUAGCAAUGUAAAUCAGUCCUCUCAAAAGUGUAUACACACACACACACAGACAUACAUACACAUAUAUACAUAUACAUAUACGUAUAUG